AUGUUAACUUGUUGUGAUUCUUCGAUAAGGGUAUGGGAAACGAAUUCUGCAGAGCAACCAAUACCUAUUACAACUCCAUUAAAAUACGUAAAUUCAAUUAAAUACCUCAAUGAGAACAGAAUCUUAGCUGCCGGUGGAAGAUCAUCCGUUAUAUACUUUACAGAUAUAUAUACUCGUAUACAACGCCAAUACGACUUCGAAGAAGGACAAAUUUCAUAUAUUACAUCUAAUGAAGACUCUUCUAUUAUAGUAGUUGGAUUUACAAGUGGUAAAAUAUCGCUUCUUCAGUAUCCAAACUUCAAAAUCUUAGGUUCUUAUAAGGUUCAUGAUUUCCCAAUUGUAACAAUCUCGUAUACAAACGAUUAUUCUGCGAUAAUUUCAGCAGAUGAUCAUGGACAUAUCUAUAUUAACAAGAAUGGACAAGUCCAACCAUUCUUUAAGAGCGGUGCUAGAAAUGGUGUAAUACAUAAUUUUACGUUAUCUCCAAAUGGUGAAAAUAUCGCAGUAUCAAGUGGAAAAAGCUUAAGGAUUUAUAGUUUAGAAACAGCAGAAAUGCUUCAAAUACAUGAUAUUGGUGCUGUUGCUACAGUUAACUUUUCUCCAGUUCAAGAAAACGUAAUCGUAAUGGGAACUAGCUUCGGAGAUGUUCAAAUUUACGAUUUGAAUCAAGGAGAAGUUGUUGUUGAGCAUCAAUCCAACAUACCAAUUACAACUACUGCACUUAAAUAUGAUGGUUAUACUUUUGCUGCAGGACAUUCAGGUGGCGUAUUACUUUUCGAUUUAAGAAAGACUACUACAUCAUUCAAAGAUAUGAAAACUGUUCCUUUAAUUACUCCAACACAGAUUACUUUCCAAUCUCAAGAUAUUUCUUAUCAAAUAUCAGUUGAAGGCUUAUCAGUUGUUCCUAAGCCAAAAGAACUGAAAAGUAUGAUGUCAAUUGAAGAAUCUAUUGACGAUGGAGAUUAUUCUGUUUCGAAAUUUACAUUUAAGAGGUCAAUCCAAGAGAUUAACGAUACUAAGUCUAGAAUGAGUGGAUUUAUCUCACCAAUGAAGAGUGGAAAUAACUCAACUUUGAACAGAUCUGAAAUUUCAACUAGAGGAACACCAACUAAGUCCAACCAUAAUAUUUCUCAGUCACGUAGCCCAAGGAAGAAUGUUUCCAUUGUUGCUCCUGAGAUUCCAUUCAAGAAAGAAGAAGAUAAUAAAACUGAAGUUGAAAUUUCCGAAAGAAUCCUUAGUCCAGAAAAGAACAAACAGACUCCAAAAAAGCAGGAGCAUUCAUCAAUUGCUCUUUCACCAAAGAAGGAAGAGAAAGUAGCAGAAAGAAGUCUUAAUUUAAGCACAGAUGAAUCUGAAGUAGUUCUCCCAGAUACAAUGCAUUCAGCAGGUCCUCUUGAUAUGUUCGACCUUGAAGAGGAAGUUGAUGAGAGAGUUAAGAAGAUUGAAGAUAUCACGCAAGUCAAAAAGGAUGCGCACCCUUAUGUAGUUAAUAAUUAA